AUAAAUAUUCAGCAUUCUGGACAAGCAUAUUAUUAGAAAAAAACUGCACAUAAUAAUUCAUGUUAUAAUUGCGAGAGUUUAAAUGAUCGAUAUUUUACGGCAAACUAACCCGAGGGACUGAACGAGUGCUGGCAUUAGCGGGUUGUUUUAGCCCUUAACUACUUAAAUUUAACUAAACCCGUGUAGCACUAAUUAGCUAUACUGUUCUUUAUUCACGGCGAAUGUAGUUCUGAAUGGAUCAUAACCGCUUGCAUGAAAAGAGUUGCAGAUUGUAGUACUUUAAAGUACACCACGUGUAGUUUUCCUUCAGACUUGGUUUCUGAAUCAAAAUAGAUGAGUGGCAAUUCCGAUGGAAAUAAGGACUUUCAUGAGCAGCUCCGGAUGCAGGAGCUGUACGGGCAGAAGCCUAAGGAAGGGGAUGACCCCUACACGUUUGUGGACCCAGAAGAUGGCACUGUGUAUGACUGGGAUCAUGACAAGAAGGCGUGGUUUCCAAAAAUAACAGAAGACUUCAUGGCAGCUUAUCAGGCCAACUACGGAUUUUCUGAGGAAGGAACUCAGACGUCAGCUGCGGGGGAUGCACCGGGCCAGGCCCCUAAAGCCGCUUCAGGGGAAACUCCUGGCCAAGCCGCAAAAGCCACUACAGGGGAGAUACCCGUCCAGGCCUCGAACGUGACUGCAGAGCAGACGCCUGCAGAGGGAGCGAGAGAGUCUGCUCAAGGCUCAGAUGCUGCACAGCCCAAGGAGAGCAAGCCGAAGGGAGAGAAGCGGAAGGCAGAUCCAGGCUGGUUUAACUUGGAAGAAGAUAAGAACACUAACGUAUAUGUGUCUGGCCUGCCCCCGGACAUCACCCCUGAGGAGUUUGCAGAGAUCAUGUCAAAGUGUGGCAUCGUGAUGCGAGACCCCAUUACUGAGCAGUACAAAGUCAAGCUGUACAAGGACAACGAGGGCAACCUUAAGGGCGACGGACUGUGCUGCUACCUCAAGAGGGAGUCUGUGGGACUCGCCUUGCGGCUCCUGGACGAGUCCGAGGUGAGAGGCUACCAGCUCCAUGUGGAGGUGGCGCACUUUGAGCUCAAGGGCCAGUACGACGCCAGCAAGAAGAAGAAGAGGAACAAGGACUAUCGCAAGAAGCUUCAGCAGCAGCAGAAGCAGCUGGACUGGAGGCCGGAGAAGGCCGGGGAGGCCCGGAAGCGGCACGAGCGCGUGCUGAUCAUCAGGAACAUGUUCCACCCCAGCGAGUUCGAGGAGGACCCUCUGGUCCUGAAUGAAAUCCGGGACGACCUGCGGACAGAGUGCGAGAAGUUUGGCCAGGUGAAGAAGGUCAUCAUCUUCGACAGACAUCCAGAUGGAGUCGCGUCUGUUGCCUUUAAAGAGCCAGAAGAUGCUGAUGUGUGUCAGAUGGCCCUGGAAGGCCGCUGGUUUGGGGGGAAGAAACUGUCAGCCCAGCUGUGGGACGGCACCACUGACUACCAGGUAGAGGAGACAACCCGCGAGCGAGAGGAGCGACUGAAAGGCUGGGGCACCUUCCUGGAGGGAAAAGGAAAAGAAGAGAAUGGAGGGAAUGAGGUGAAAGACGGAAGCAACGGAGACAGAACCGGGGAGCAUACGGUGCCCAGUGAAGCCGGGCCGGGGGAGGCGCCUGAGGCCGGGCAGGGACCCGAAGAGGCCCCAGACAGCAGCACGUGUGCGGCGGGGCCCGCGGAGGUGCACUCCACCGACAGCAGCAUGGCCGGCAGCGACGAGGACGACACGUAGGCGGCCGGUGGGCGGGCGGGCGAGCAGGCAGCCGACCCUGCAAGACAGCGCCCUGGGGCUCCACCCCCCGGCUCGGCGCCCUGCUGGCUUACAGUGAACACCCCUAGGACUGUUCUAGAGGAGUCCGCCAGCGCUAAAGGGGCCUCCUGGAAAAACAAGCAGUAAAUCACAGACACAGACCUCCCUGCCUCAGCUCCUGAAAUUCUGGUUUAACCCCAGCUGUCAAAUUCCUUCCUCCUUAAUGGAAGACAUUGGUGUAAUUUCAGGUUUUUUCCUGUGCAUUUAGCUAUCAGGGGCUGGUCGAUGCUUAAAUGCAGUUCAUGAAAUGUAUUUUUUUUUUUUGUAACGUUGAGACGGAAACACAGGUGGUCACCCAGUAAAAAGAUUUGCCAUUAGAGAGAAUAUAAUCAGAUGUAACUCAAGCACAUAUUUCUGUCUGCUGUAUUGUGAUGGUUUGAUUAUUUAAUUGAGGCUCUAUGGCUAAUGCUACAUUUUAAAGCUCAUGAUACUGUCAAUAAACAGCCUUCUUCCAAA